GAUCCUCCUGAACUUCUACUGAAGACAGUCACAAUGAAGUUCGUGAUCUUGGCUUUGUUUGUUGCCAGUGCCUACGGGUGCGGCCUGCCCACCUACCCCCCCACCAUCACCAGAGUGGUUGGUGGAGAUGAUGUCCGUGAGCACAGCUGGCCCUGGCAGGCAUCUCUGCAGUACAAGAGUGGCAGCAACUUCUACCACACCUGCGGUGGCACUCUGAUCUCCAGCCAGUGGGUCCUCACUGCUGCUCACUGCAUCAGCAGUCGCACCUACAGAGUCUACCUGGGCAAACACAAUCUGAAGAACAACAAUGAGGCUGGUUCCAUUGCCAUCAGCCCCGCCAAGAUCAUCGUCCACGAGAACUGGGACUCUUACAGAAUCCGUAACGACAUUGCCCUGAUCAAGCUGUCGACUCCAGUCAAACUCUCUGACACCAUCAUGCCUGCCUGUCUUCCCAACUCUGGUGAAAUCCUGCCUGACGGUGCUCCAUGCUACGUCACUGGCUGGGGACGUCUCUGGACUGGAGGUCCCAUUGCCGACAUCCUGCAGCAGGCUCUCCUCCCUGUGGUUGGCCACUCCACCUGCACCAGGUCUGACUGGUGGGGCAGCCUGGUCACCAACAAUAUGGUCUGUGCUGGUGGAGAUGGACAGCUGGCUAGCUGCAACGGAGACUCUGGCGGUCCCCUCAACUGUCAGAACCCCGAUGGCUCCUGGGAUGUCCACGGUGUGGUGAGCUUUGGCUCAAGCAUGGGUUGCAACUACCCCAAGAAGCCCUCCGUCUUCACUAGGGUCAGCGCCUACAUCCCCUGGAUCAACCAGGUGAUGACCAGCAACUAAGAUGUAGACUGGUUUGUGUCAUUUUUGGUUGUUGCCCUUUACCAUCAAAUAAAAGACUGUUGUGGCAGA